UUUGUUUUAGAAAAAUGUCAAAUAAUCAUUUUUUAAAUGCAUUUCAAAAAUUUAAUUUUAUAUACAAAACUUUUUCCACUGAAGCCUGGAAGAAAAGCUCAACCAUUUAUGCACUUUCAUCUGGCCAUGGAAAAUGUGGAGUUGCUGUUGUAAGAAUAUCAGGCCCUUGCGCUAAAUUAGCAAUAGAAAAUAUGACAAAUAUUUCAAAGCUAGAAGCUAGAAAAGCUUAUUUAAAAAAUAUACGUCAUCCAACUACAAAUGAAAUAAUUGACAAAGGCUUGUGUCUAUGGUUUCCAGCACCUCACUCUUUUACUGGAGAAGAUAGCGUUGAAUUUCAAGUACAUGGUGGUACAGCUAUUUUAUCAGCUUUAAUGUUAGCACUUUCCAAGUUAGGGUUUCGUCCAGCAUUAGCCGGUGAAUUUACAAAAAGAGCUUUUUUCAAUGAUAAACUUGAUUUAACAGAAAUUGAAGGCUUAGCUGAUUUAAUACAUGCUGAAACUGAACAACAAAGAAAACAAGCUCUAAUACAGGCCCAUGGAAACUUAAGUGCUCUUUAUAGUACUUGGAGGUCUAUUCUUUUGAAAUCUUUGUCUCAUAUUGAAGCUUAUAUUGAUUUUGGUGAAGAAGAAAAUAUCGAAACUGAAACUUUUAAAGUAUGCAAUUCAGAUCUAAUAGAUCUUUCUAAUAAAAUUCAAAAACACUUGUUGGAUGAUCGGAAAGGAGAGAUAUUAAGAAAUGGUAUUAAAUCUAUUAUAUUAGGUGAACCUAAUGUUGGGAAAAGCAGUUUACUGAAUCAUUUGGUAAAUAGAAAUGCUGCAAUUGUAACUUCAAUACCUGGUACUACAAGAGAUAUUGUGGAAUUGACUGCCAAUAUUGCUGGUUAUCCAAUUUUAUUAGCUGAUACAGCUGGUAUCAAUAGAAACACCACUGAUAUAAUUGAAAAAGAAGGUAUCAAAAGAGCUAAAGAUCAAGCUAAAAUGGCAGACUUUAUUAUGCUCGUUAUCGAUGCAUCAAAAUACAAAGCCUCUAAUCAAACAUUUAAGGAAUAUCUUCAUAAUUAUGUAAAAAGUCUUGAACUAGAAUGCUUGUUACUGAAAAAAAAUAAUCUAGUAAAUAAUUGUAUAAUAAUUUUAAAUAAGAUAGAUUUAUUAAAUGAAGUUGAUAGGAAAAAUGUACAGAAACAAAAUGUAAUUAGCAUAUCUUGUGCUAAUGAACAAGGUUUUGAAAAAUUAUUGGAAACAAUGGGCAAAAAAUUUGAAGCCAUUUGUGGAAACCCAACCGCUGAAAAUCCGACUAUCAGUCAAGAAAGACAUAGAAACCAUUUACAAGAGUGCCAUAAUUGCCUUAUGAAUUAUUUUGAUAUGAUUUCAAGGAAAAAUUAUGAUGUUGUUUUAGCUGCCCAAGAAAUUCGAAAAGCGGCUCGCGAACUAGGAAAAAUUACCGGACAUGUUAGUACAGAAGAGAUUUUAGAUAUAAUAUUUAAGAACUUUUGUAUUGGUAAAUAA